AGGAAAUGACGAAGAAGAGUCUGAAGCUGCACAUGGAGGCACGUAGAAUAUAAUAAUUACUGUAUUCCUGUGUGGCUGUCACUAUUAAACAAUAUAUAUUUUAAUAUCUCACUAACGAACUUGCAUUUGAAAGAAAUGGCAACAGAUGCAAAAAGGCCAAAGAUAGAUGAUGAGAAAUGUGUGCUGGAGCCCUUGAAAAACUUCCUGCUGUGGUGCGAUAGUGUAAAGCUGACUCUCAGCGAUAAGGUGUACUUAAGUAAAGAGGGUACUGCAGCAGAAUAUGGCAUGAUGGCCAGAGAGGACAUUGAAGAAGGCCAUGUCUUGUUCUCUAUACCCAGAGAGAUUCUUCUGCAUCACGGCACCACUAAAGUAAAAAAGGUCCUUGAGGAAGGGAAAAAAUCUUUGGAGAGCGCAUCAGGCUGGGUUCCUCUUCUUCUGGGUCUGUUAUAUGAGUACACAUGUCCACAAUCCUACUGGAAACCGUAUUUGUCUCUCUGGCCCGAUUUUAGGACACUGGAUCAACCCAUGUUCUGGUCCGAGGAGGAGCGUGAUAAACUCCUGAAAGGCACAGGAAUUCCAGAGGCUGUCCAAACAGAUCUGAAAAAACUCCAGGAUGAGUACAAUAACAUAGCCCUUCCCUUCAUGAAGUCCCAUCCUGACCUGUGGGACACUGAGAAGCACACGCUGGAGCUCUACAAGAGCCUGGUAGCAUUUGUAAUGGCCUAUAGUUUUCAAGAGCCUGUGGAGGAUGAGGAUGAAGAAGAAGAAAAAGAGCCUAACCCUCCAAUGAUGGUGCCCAUGGCUGACAUGUUGAAUCACGUUUCCAAGCACAACGCCAAUCUGGAAUAUACUCCCGAGUGUUUGAAGAUGGUGUCAGUACGGCACAUUGAGAAGGGCGAGGAGGUCUUUAACACCUACGGACAGAUGGCAAACUGGCAGCUCCUCCACAUGUACGGCUUUGCAGAGCCGUUUCCUACGAACAGCAACGACACUGCAGAUAUUCAGAUGUCCAGUGUGUACAAAGCAGCAGUGCAAGCGGCACAAAGUGAAGCAGAUCAAAGGCUCCUAGUGGACAAAUGGAACAUGUUGUGUGAAAUGGAGAUUGUUGGGGAGAAAGGGGUUUUCAUCUUCGGCCAAUCAGGCUCACUUACUUACAGUGAGCUCUACACUACACUGAAGGUCCUGUGCAUGCCGCUGCAAGAUUUCGAGGAGUUCUGUGAAAACGAAGGCUGGGAGGAAGAUGAAGAGGGUGAGGAGGAUGAUAAAAUGGAGCAGGCUCUGAGUUUCGCCGGACUGAAGGGGUUGCCAGCAGAGUGGAAAUGUCUCCUGCAUGCGGCAGCUGCUCUGACGCUGGACUCUUAUUCUGAGGAUGUAGAGGCGGACCGGAAGCGGCUGGAGGAUCAGGACGCUCUGGCUGAGCUCAGCAGCAGAGAGAGGAGAGCUCUGCAUGUGCGUUACGCGCAGAAGAGCAUCCUACAGCGCUUGCAACAGCUCACCAAACCUACCUCUUAAUGUAUGGGUUUUUAUAGUUUGUGAGUUUUCCAUUUUGUACGCUGUACAUUUUCCUUAAAAAAAAAAAAAUCAUUUGGAAUAUGGUUCAGAUUGUGUUUUGAUUGGCGUAAAGGUGGUUUAUUUAGUCCAGUCACAUUUAUGAAUUUAGCAGACACUUUUACUAAAAGAAGGCACGUAUUUCCUGGGAAUUGAACAUAAUACUUGAUCAUUGCCAGUGCUAUGUGGGACUGUUGAGCUACAGGAAAUAUAUGUCAGCAUAAACAUAUCUACAACUUCAGCACAUUAAAGCAAUGUAAUACUUUUUUUUUUACCUCAAAAAUGAUUCUGAUUGUACACUGACUUGAUUCAGUUUUUUCACUUUCGUUUGGGACAUCUCUACAAAUGGCGUCCCCUUCCCAAGCACAAAAAAUCAGUUUGGAAUUCACACAUAACUACCCACUGUAAUUAUGACAUUUACAACAGUGAAUUACACUUGUUUAACUGUGGAUGGCCCCAAACCCACAAAACUACAUACAGUUGUUAUAAAGUCACUGGCAAAUCAUACCACAGAGGACUUGAAGUUUGAUUUUCAGGUAUGUUAAAGAAAGAUUUGCUUCCUCAGCAUUUGUCAAGAUAAAGAAUAAAUGACACUUAAUUUUCACUGUUAAUAUGUGCUCAAAAAGCUUCCCAAUUUUUCAGUACCAUAAAUUGAAAACAAAAUCCAGCUAAUCAAUUUUAAUCACUUGUAUGCAAAUCACAAUUAUGCUGUUGUAAAUAAUGGGAUUCACCCAAAAAUGAAAAAUCUGUCAUUAAUUACUCACCCUCACAUCAUUUCCGACCCUGUAAGACCGUUGUUCAACUUUAAAACACAAAAGGUAUUUCUGAUCAAAUCCGUGAGCUUUCUGACCCUGCAUGGACAGCAACGCAACUUGACAUGUUCAAGGUCCAGAAGGGUAAGGGCAUUGUUAAAAUAGUCCACGUGACAUCAGUGGUUCCACCGUAAUUCUAUUAAAAUCCUUAACAUCUAUAAAAUACUUUGCGCACAUACACUUUACUUAAUUUUUCUUCCACGUCAGUUUUCGAAAUGCAUACACAACAGUACAAAGACAAAAAAUAAAUUAAAAAAAAAUAUUUUUGUGGGUUCUUUGUGCACAAAAGUGUUCUCGUAGCUUCAAAGUUACGGUUGAACAACUAUUUUAACGAUAACCUUAUGAACUUUAUGGCCAUUGAACAUGUCAGUUGUGUUGCGGUCUAUGCAGGGUCAGAAAGCUCAUGGAUUUGAUCAAGAUCUUUGUGUUCUGAAGGUGUUUGGAACAGCAUGAGGGUGGCUAAUUAAUGACAUAAUUCAUUUUUGGGUGAACUAUUCCUUUAACACGGACCAGAAACCUUAUAAAUCAAUUUGUUUCAACUAACAUUUCAGCAAAUGAAAUGGAGGCAAAGUUGCAGUUCAAGUGUUUAAUGCGGUAACUACAGAAUGCAUACAUACAGGAAAUAAGCGGAACUAAAGGCAACUACAAAUUACUACAAAAUACAACACGCGGACCAAUACAUUUACAAAACAUUCGAAAUCCUUACAAAAUGAGCUGUAUUGGUCCUUUUUGUUAUGCAAGUUGAAUCUUUGUACAAACUCCGAAGAUCCAAUUUACCAACAAAUUUCUGAAUAUUUCCACAAUUGUACAAGUGCCAGGGAGAACCUCGAACCCAAGAUUUGUUUCCUCACAGGUGCAAACUAGUGACGCCUCCCCCCUGCAGUCCAGGACAUCUGUCCCAUCCCAUCAGCUCACCACACUGAUAGCACUCCCCUUAAAAACCAAACCACAGAAAA